AUGCCUUUCCUGCCAGAGCUUGCCCUAGUCACCUGGCUGCUCUUCAUCCUCUUCUUCAGCCUCCUGCUCCUUUAUGGGAUAUGGCCCUUUUGGACCUUCAAGAAGCUGAGUAUUCCUGGCCCACGGCCCUUGCCUUUUCUGGGAAUGUUCCUGGAGUGCCGGCACGGAGUCACAGAUUUUGAUCAGAAGUGCUUUUGCUUUGAGAAAUAUGGUAAAAUCUGGGGGAUUUUUGAUGACAGGCAGCCUGUGCUAGUCAUUCUGGACCCUGUGCUCAUCGAAACCAUCCUGGUGAAGGAGUGCUGUGCACUUUUUGCCAACCACUGGAACUUUCAUCUGGAUGGAAGUCUGGAAUCAGCUGUCAGCAUCUCUGAAGAUGAGCAGUGGAGAAGGAUUCACUCUGUGCUAUCCCCGGCCUUCAGCAGUGAGAAGUUGAAGGAGUUUGGAGCCUGUAGCAUAGAUGUGGUGGCCAGUACAUCCUUCAGUGUGAAUAUUGACUCCGUUAAUAAUCCCAGUGACCCCUUUGUCACCAACAUUAAGAAAUUUCUCAAAAUCAGUUUCUUACAUCCUCUGGUCCUAGUAAUAGUGCUGUUCCCCUUCCCUAUCCCAGGGCUGGAGAGGAGGAAUUUGACUCUGUUACCCCCAGAAGUCAUGAACUUCUUCAACACCUUCGCCAAAAUGAAGAAGGGACUGCAAAAGGGCAGCUAUAAGAGCCGGGUGGAUUUCCUGCAACUCAUGGUGGAUUCACAGAGCUCAGAUGGCAACUCUGACCCUGCAAAUGAGAACAACUCGUAUAAAACAUUAAGUGAUGAGGAGAUUCUGGCCCAGGCUCUUAUCUCUGUUUUUGCUGCUUAUGAGACCACCAGUUCCACCCUCACAGGGUUACUCCCACCUCCCUCCUUCCACAUCUUGUACAACCUGGCCACUUACCCCGAUGUGCAGCAGCAACUUCAGGAUGAGAUUGAUGCAAAUCUGUGCAACAAGGCUACCCCGGCAUCCAACGCGCUCGUGCAGAUGGAGGAUCUCGACAUGGUGGUGAGCAAAACCCUCCGGCUCUUCCCCUCAGGGGGACAGAUGGAAAGAGUCUGCAAGGAGACCAUGGAGAUCAAUGGAGUAAGUAUUCCAAAGGAUGUGGUGGUGGUGAUCCCUGCCUAUGUGAUGCAUCAUGACCCAGCUCACUGGCCUCAGCCAGAGGAGUUGAGGCCUGAGAGGUGCCCAAGCUGGGGAAAUAGCCACGCAUUCAACCUGGAGAACAAAGAGUCUAUUGACCCCUAUACCUACCUGCCAUUUGGGGCUGGCCCCAGGAACUGUGUAGGGAUGAGGUUUGCCCUCCUCACUCUGAAAGUGGCUGUGGUUGUCCUGGUGCAAGAUUUCUCUUUCCAACCCUGCAGAGAUACUCGGAUCCCCUUGCCUCUGGACACACAAGUUUUCAUGCAACCUAAGAAGCCCAUCAUCCUGAGGCUGUGCUGA